UGAAGUAGGUUUUUAGCUAGGCUGCUAUCGAUAAGCUGCUAUAAAAGCUUUGUCACAAUCGAAUUGAAAUCAGUACGAACUAACUGUUCAAUCAACACAAUCAACCCACUAUCAAUCAACAAAAUAAAAAUCAAACAAAUCUAAUAUGGCAUUCAAGUUUAUUGCUUUCUUCGCUUGCGUCGCUGUUGCUAGUGCCGGACUUCUGCCCGCAGCUCCACUUGCUGUCGCCCAGCCACUCUUGGCUAGAGCUGAACCCUACGACCCAUACCCACAGUACAGCUAUGGAUACGAUGUGCAAGAUGCGCUUUCUGGCGACAGCAAGAACCAGGUCGAGACCCGUGAAGGAGAUGUUGUACGUGGUCAAUACUCGUUGAACGAUGCUGAUGGCUACAGACGUAUUGUGGACUACUCUGCUGACUCAGUCAAUGGAUUCAAUGCUGUUGUCCGUCGUGAGCCUCUUGGUGUUGCUGUUAAGGCAGUUGCUGCUGCUCCAGCGUUGAUCAGGGCUGCUCCAGCACCUCUUGCUUAUGCCGCACCAGCACCAGCUUUAUUGAAGGCCGCACCAGCACCACUUGCUUAUGCUGCUGCCCCAGCUCCACUAGCUUACGCCCCUGCCCCAGCUUUGCUUAAGUCUGCUCCAGCACCACUCGCUUACGCUGCCGCCCCAGCUUUGUUGAAGGCCGCACCAUUUGCUUACUCUGCUGCCCCAGCUUUGUUAAAGGCUGCUCCAGCACCACUCGCUUAUGCUGCCGCCCCAGCUCCAUUGACUUACGCUCACGGCCCAGCUAUAUACAGCUCAGGACCAGCGAUAGUGAAGACAAGUUUUGCAUCACCACUCAUCUCGUAUGCAUACUAAACGUAAACGCUAACGCGCGCGCCGUGCCAACUGUAUAUUAGAUAAAGUCUGACUAUUGAUAAUGGAAUAAAUAAAUUAAUUUACAUACAAAA